AUGGGAGUUUUCAACAUCGUGGAGGAGAUCCCGCCUGGGAGCUGGGGCUGGUACUUCAUGAAUAUUACCUGGGACAACCGGGAUUACUCCUUCAAUGAGGAUGGCUUCCUGGUGAACCCCUCCCUGGUGGUCAUCUCCCUCACCAGGGACAGGACCUGGGAGGUGGUGGGCAGCUGGGAACAGCAGACUUUGCGCCUCAAGUACCCGCUGUGGUCCCGCUACGGCCGCUUCCUGCAGCCGGUAGAUGACACGCAGCACCUGACGGUGGCCACGCUGGAGGAGAGGCCCUUCGUCAUUGUGGAGCCGGCCGACCCGAUCAGCGGCACCUGCAUCCGAGACUCGGUGCCCUGCCGGAGCCAGCUCAACCGCACCCACAGCCCUCCGCCGGACGCCCCCCGCCCGGAAAAGCGGUGUUGCAAGGGCUUCUGCAUCGACAUUCUGAAGCGGCUGGCGCAGACCAUCGGCUUCAGCUACGACCUCUACCUGGUCACGAACGGCAAGCACGGGAAGAAGAUCGACGGCGUCUGGAACGGCAUGAUCGGGGAGGUGUUCUACCAGCGCGCGGACAUGGCCAUCGGCUCCCUCACCAUAAACGAGGAGCGCUCCGAGAUCGUGGACUUCUCCGUCCCCUUCGUGGAGACGGGCAUCAGCGUGAUGGUGGCGCGCAGCAACGGCACCGUGUCCCCCUCGGCCUUCCUCGAGCCCUACAGCCCCGCUGUGUGGGUGAUGAUGUUCGUCAUGUGCCUCACCGUGGUCGCUGUCACUGUGUUCAUCUUCGAGUACCUCAGUCCUGUGGGUUACAACCGCAGCCUGGCUACCGGCAAGCGCCCUGGUGGCUCAACCUUCACCAUUGGAAAAUCCAUCUGGCUGCUCUGGGCCCUGGUGUUCAAUAACUCAGUGCCCGUGGAGAACCCCCGGGGUACUACCAGCAAAAUCAUGGUGCUGGUGUGGGCCUUCUUCGCCGUCAUCUUCCUCGCCAGCUACACAGCGAACCUGGCCGCCUUCAUGAUCCAGGAGGAGUAUGUGGACACCGUGUCUGGGCUCAGUGACCGAAAGUUCCAGCGGCCCCAGGAGCAGUACCCGCCCCUGAAGUUCGGGACGGUGCCCAACGGGUCCACGGAGAAGAACAUCCGCAGCAACUACCCCGACAUGCACAGCUACAUGGUGCGCUACAACCAGCCCCGCGUGGAGGAAGCGCUCACGCAUCUCAAGGCAGG